AUGACCUCGUUAUCUGUGACUACUCCCGAGAAGGACAAGCUGAUCGCCUUGUCUGUUGAUGCGCUAGAUGCCAGCCCCAAAAUGUCAAGCUCACUGGCGUUGGAGCGGGAGCAGUUGGAGAAGCGCAAGAGACAGAUGGACACGGCAAACGCAGUGGCCGCUAUGAACACCCGAUUGAGUCAGCUGGGUUUGCUCAAGUCGGCUCAGAAAACAACGCCCCCAGCACAACCAAGGCAAGAAGACAAAACGACUCUAGAUUCUGCCGCAACGCUGCCUGUGCCCGCAACCGCGAAAUCUGUGAGCUCCACCGCCUUCAAAUCGUCGAUUCCAGCUCCUAAACCAAUUACCAAGGAAGCCACAGUACUUGCUGAAAGCAACGUCGCUGGUACGCCACCUACACCCUCUUCUAACUCGGUAGUGAACUCAAAUGAGGCGCUGCGGACGCAGGUGGCUGAGUGCAGCAUCAGUAGCAGCGACGAAAACGCCGAUAAAGUUACGAAUGACUUGGUGGAUCAAGCUCUGGGUGUAUUGAACAGUCAAGAACCGCCAAUGCCACCCCCAGUGAACGAUCAAGUAACUGCAUCGUUGAGUGUGCACACCCAGGGCUACGGCUCGCAAACAACACGGCAGGUUGGCGAGUCAAUUGACUUUAAGUCUCGACCAGCAAACGUUCCGACGCUGGAGGUUGAUGCGUCUCUGAGCUCGUUCACGAUGGGGUUUAAGACCUCUCCUCAGCCUUCUCAAGACAGUACGAACGCGGAUAUCGUGAAGCGCAGCGUGGCCGUGAACGCAAGCGUGGCCUCCUCCUUGAGCGCCUUCACCGCUGGCUACGGCGGAGAAAUCAAAGCUGAAAACUCCAAAGCUGCACCCCCGUCAGACGUGUCAGUGGACGAGUCCAUGAGCGCGUUCACCAUGGGCUACAGUGCAGCAGCCGUCAGCCCAGUAAAAGUUCCUGCCCAGAUUCCAGUUGACGUUUCCCUGAGUAACUUCACGAGCGGGUAUGGCGUUGCCAAAGACGACGCCAGCGUCACACCGGAAGCAGUGCGGCCUCCCAGCGUGGCGUCGGCCAACGCCUUAGAAGCUCUCGGCAAUUUGUAUCAGCCGCUGGAAGAUGCUGCGAUGGCGCUGGAGAAGGAAUUGGCGACAAGAUCAAGUCAAGACCCGAAGGUUUUCGAGAUCCGCGCGCUCAUCGAGUCCUUGCGCUCGGCCAUCGCCGACUUGGCAUCGCCAAGUUGA